UAGAAUAUCGUUUGAUAUUAUUAGAGAUAUACAAAUUCAUCUCUCUCGCGCUCGACCAAAGAAGAGAAAAUAAGGUUUUCUGAUUCUCACAUUUCUUUUUAUUGUCUCGCCGGAUCUCUCGCCAGAGUUCAGAUGGAGAUGGAGAUAUUGUUUCCUGAUAUCAGCCGGAUUCCAGAGGAGCUAAAGCUCAAUUUCCAACAAAUGAUUGACAGGUUGCACGAUGCAAUUUCACGAAAUGAAUUGCCAAAAUACAAUGAUAUGGAUCACAUUUUGCAGAAGGUGUAGUGAGAUGUUUAUUCAAGAUUUGCCAAGAUGAAGAAGAUUUAACGUUAUCAAGGGCAGAGGCAUCUGCGUACCUGUUGGAUCAUCCAAUAGAUGGUCCUAUAUGGUCAUCUCCAACCAUCUAUGGCUUUGCUGGAGUGUUGCCAGCCAUAUUUUUGAGAUUCAGACAUUUUGAUGGACAGAUGUACUCUGGUGUUUUGGUGGAAUUUAGGAACGACAUUACGGGUCAGAUUUAUCAGCUUAUUGAUACAGUAUGGGAUAUGGGACUAAACAUGGAGGAGGUGCAUAGGAUUGCGUUGGCUGAUGUGCGUUUCGGGAACAUGGAUCGCAGCGGAUAUAACAUACUGGUUGCAAUUGAAGAAAACGGGCCGCACCUUAUUCCUAUUGAUCAUGGCAUGUGCUUCAUCGAAAACGGGCUAGGCUACACCUUGUGCGGACCUUAUUGGUUAAAGUUCUCCGACAAGUGUCGUUUUAAUGAAGCUUUAUCUGAAGAAUGUAUAAAUUAUGUAGGAAGUCUGAAUGUGGAUGCUGACAUUGCCUUUCUGAGCCAGUGUGGAUGGGACUUUCCGGAGGAAUACGUUGAAAAGUUCAAGAUCAAUACAACUUUUCUGAAGAAAGCAGUUGCACAAGGAUUUACGCUGUUACACAUUGGAAACAUGGCUUCAUUUCGCUGCAAUGAUCCCAUGUUUACCUUGCAAGUGAUCGUAGAGAGUGAAAAACUGGAUUUUAUGACUCGUGUGGAAAAUCGCAUUGAUGAGCGGCUCAAAGGUUAUAAUGAAUAAGAUAUGUUAGGAAUGGGCUAAGAGACAAAUGAGAAGAAAGAAGAGAAACAAAAGAGAAAAAUAUAAAAUAGACUCUGCCCAUGAAAAAAGCGUAGGAGAAGAAACAGAAGAUUGAAAGAAGAGAAGAUAACUCUGUUAACAAAUCUCUUUUAAUAAUUCGCAUUUACUCGAGACAAUAUUAAUUGCUACGAUUGAGACAAUAUUUCCUUUUUGUUAGG